GGGACGACGACGAUGCCUGGGGCGGCUGGAACGAAACCGCCAGGGACAAGGACAGCCCGCGGUGGGGGAGGAGUCCGGGGCUGCGGCCCCAGGAUGCUGGCGGCAGCGGCAGCGGCCCGGCGUCGAGACUGCCGUCGCCUUCGCCCGAUGCCUGGGGGCAGUUGGCCAUGCUGGAGACGGCUCGGAUGAGGAAGGACGAGAAGAAUGGCGACUCGGCCAUCAGUCUUGUUGAGGGGGUGCGUCGAGAGGUGUCGCGUGACAGAUAUCUGGCCCCGAAAUCGAUCUUCAACGACCCCAAGGAGAGUGUGGAGGAUAUGGCGCCAAAGCCUCGCCCAAAGGCUUCCAUUGAGAGCUUCAAUGCGCCCGCCACCGAGGAAGAACCGCGUCCGAGUUCACCAGACCUUCCGCCUGGGCCGGCAAUUCGAAUCGAUACCCAGGCAAAGACCUCACGGCAACCGUCCUUGAAGGUUCAAAGUCUCGUGGAGAUGUACGAUGGGAUAGCGAAGCGAAGUCACAGCGCAUCUCCCAUCGAUCCUUCUUUGAGGAAGACACCAAGCACUGCCUCGCUGGUCGAGGGGCUAGUGGUGGAGCCCACAGAACGGGAACCCGAGUCACUCGAUCUUGGGCCGGUUGUGGACCCGCCGAAGGCUUUCGAACAAGAAUUGGACGUGAAGGAGACACUGCCGUCAGUCCCUGUGGACGAUCUACCGCCUUUUAAAGAACCCCUAGUUACGGAGGAUAGGCUGCAUGUGGAAGACACCGCACCUGUGGACGUGCCACUGGCUGUGGAAGAGCCAGAAGAGUUACUGCCUGUGGUCGAGCUGGCUCAACCCAAAUCAGCGUUGGAGGUCGCAACGAGCUCUCAAGAGCUAAAGAGCGAGAGAGAACAUAAGGAGGCUCAAAGCGAACUUGGUCUCCCUGAAACAACACUUGAUGAGAUGCCCCAACGACCAACACACACACGGCUGAAACCACCAAGCACACCUUACGCAAUCGACAUGACCAAAUUAGACGACCUCUUCUCAUUCGUGGACACGUCAUUCCCCCCGCCAGAACCCGUGCCGGACGUCAUCAUUGACGACACCUUUGCCUCAAUUGAGGAGCGCAAGACCUGGUACCGCAUUUCCCGCCCUGGCUCGCUCCGGAAACACAAUCUGGGUGACGACGAGAACUACGUGCGCAUCAAUUGGGGCACAUCAACGCUGCGGGGCGAGGGCAUUGUGAUUGUGCGACGGUGGAUGGAAGAAGACUCGAUUGCUGGACGGGUUGUGCUUGGUCGUCGAAUGGGGAGCGCUACGUCUGGCAAGAUCUUCAACUGGGACUCGUCUGCACCACCCGCGGAAUUCUCAAUUUCGGAGUUGUUCAGUCGGAAGAGCCAUUCUAGGCAUACGUCAACCAAUUCAAAGGCCACCAUCGCCUCGCCCACGACGCCUGCGUUCGGGUGGAGCAACGGCCCAGUAGCACCGCUGACGGUUGCCAUUCCUGCUCCCGAGUCGCAUGUGUCUCCAAACACUGAACAAAGCCCGACGGUGAAGACUUCUCCGUCACCGGUGGUACCAGUGAUACAGCCUAUCGCUAAGCCAAACUCAACUAUCCAACCCAUCCCGUCACCAACAUCAGCUCUAGCACAGCCUCCUACCACGGCCAAGUCAGCUGGCAGCAGUCAAACUGGGGACGGGAAGAGUAGCGAUGAAGAUGACGAGGAUGAUGACUGGGGUGAGAUGGUGUCUUCGCCAACAGCGGAUUCGAACGGGGGUUUUCCUUCUCUCGCGGCGAUUGCGGAGACUAGGAGUGAGACAAACGGGGUUAAUCUUUCCAGACCUUCAAGUAUUGUUCGGCCAUCGGGCGAGUUUAUUGGCUCCAGGUUGAAGCAGACAAUGUCGGCAGCAGAUUGGACUGAUGUUCCUCGUUCAUCGUUUGAUGCUCCGCCUUCCCAAGGGCUAAUCCCCCACAGCCAGUCCAAGUCGUCAACCACGAGUUGGACCGACACGAACCGCUUUUCCAUCGAUAUUCCGGCUUCCCAAGGAUUCCUCCCUGCCAGCCAUUCCAAGUCAUCUAGAACGAGUUGGACCGGCCUGGCACGAUCCUCCCUAGACGGAGCCCCGUCUGAGGAGUUUAUUCCCAAUAAAGUAAGGCCACCACCACUCAAGGACCAAAGCAGGCCAAGUUCAUGGGCCUUUGGGAAUGUGGAUUUCCGCGAUGGUGCCCCCAACCCAGUCCGGCCGAUCAAGGACCUCCCUCUCUCUACACGAAAAGCUCUGACACUGUUAUCCAAACCUUCAGACGCCCCGGAACUCGAAUUUCCUGCAGAGCAUGCCUCUCCUGUCACCACCUCCCGCGGUUCACCGCAGCCCCAGACGCCAUCAAUAGAUAACUCCGAAGACGACGAAACCGUCGCGAACAUUCUCCGAGAUCUCCCAGAUCUAUCAUACAUGUUACGAUAAUACGAAGCUGCGUUUUUGACGACACGGGGCCACGAGAAGGGCCAAGCCAGGGGCGUUGGAAGCAUGGUCGAACACGAGCACACACGACCGGUGAUGAAAGUUGGAUAUGCGGUUUCUUGCAUAGCUAUCGAUGAGGGAUUGGAGAUGAUGUACAUUUAACCAUUAGUGGCGUUUUCCUUUGGUGUUUGUGUAACGCGAAGCGUUUGUAGUACCACAAGAGAAACUUGGGUGUCCCAAGCAAAAGUUAACCUGCUGAUCGAGGACUCUUUGCUGAGCCAAGAUGAUAUCAUGUUUGCUGUUUAAGAUGCUCGCGACACUGCCCAUUUAGUUUAAACCCGAUAGGGACCAGUUUGGUGAGGCUUCAAUCGCAAAUUCGAAGCCAUUGAGUCAUUGAACUACCCGAUACUCCAACGUGUGCAUUGGACCGACGGUAUGUUGUUGGGUGCGCAGGUUCAGGGUAGCGCGAUACGCGCAACAGCAUGAUGGCGGCAG